AUGUUUCACAGCUUCGUUAAGGUGCCUAGCUCCUUUUUUUUUCAGGAUGUCCCUGCACCUCUGUUCAUGGCGGCGCAGACGGCCGUCGCGGCCAUUCUGAUCUGCUUGACCCCAAGGUCUUCUUUCCUGCGACCUGCAUGUCUUCCAAUCCUCAUCGGCCUUAUGUAUCUCUCUUGGCAAAUGGCUCUAGCAUUUACAGGUCAAGGUGUUCUCUAUUCGUUCUGGUGGGUAGGUCCAUAUGCCAACAUCUACCACUGCAUGAACAACCUUUGCCUUCACCCACUUGACGACUCCGACAUUCGCCAUGAAAUGAGCCUCCAGAGCGUCAGAGAUAAACGCAAGCAGCGUUCAGCCGAUCACCCAGGAUUAUUCAAACGAGUAUUGUUCACCAUUUCGAUGCUCUUCAGUUUCCGAGGAAUUGGAACAACCCACCAAGUCAGUUACAUCCCUCCAUUUCCCGGUCGAGUUGUGCCAUCUAGAGCCCGGUUUCUACUGCGCCAGUGCAGUCUCAUCGCACUACAGUACCUCAUUAUGGAUCUGUUGGCCAGCUCGCCACCUCCACCAGAUGUAGUAAACAGUUGGGCAUAUGGCAAGGAGUGGCUGUGGAUUCGGGCUCUCAAUCCGCACCCGGUCACCCUCGACGAUCUACGCAACCGGCUUAUCGGCUGCACCAUGAACUGGUAUAUUGUCGGGCGUGUUAUGAAUGAUAUCUGGUACCGCGUGUUCUCCGUCAUCUUCGUUGGUUUAGGCAUUUCAGAGCCGAAGCAGUGGCCGCCUCUGUAUGGACACUACUGCGACACGUCUACACUGCGCGGAUACUUUGGGUAG